GGGUGCGCAAGUUAAAAUGAUUUCUUUGCACAGAUCUCAUUUGUGGUGUCUUUAACCAGCAGACAUAAGCCACAACCCUUCAACCACAGAGCAAGAUGGGCACUCGAGCGGCUGCAUUCACUGCGAAGAUCAAGAAUCUGCAGGACUAUUAUCUGCGUCUUCUGCAUGGAAUACCAUUACCAUCAGAGCUGGAUAUUGCCUGCACACUGAAAUACUUCUCUUUGACACUUAUGGGCGUGCUAAAGGACGUGCCUGAGGCACCGCUGGUGAUGCUGCGCCGGCCUGACCAGGACGCCACACGGCUGGCGCUCUACCCCAGCCUUGACUACACUGGACUGCACCGUGCGCUGGUUCAGCUGUUCGACAUCGUCCCACUCCUACAGUACGGCGUGCACGGGUUCGGCCAGUCGCUGUUGCACACCAUGUCGUGCCUGGUGCCGUUUCUGGAGCACAGCCUGAUCGACACGCUGCCCUACCUGGUGGCCUCCAGCCUGGCCACGUUCCCCGUGUCGCUGCACCGGGACAUCGUCAACACACUCUGCCAUUACCUGCUGCCGUUCACGCUCAGCCCUGAUGUAGAGAAUUAUACUUCAAGCUCCAUCACGGCCAUCGUCAUGGUGGUGUUCCAGUAUACUGACGUCACAGCGCUGCACUGCCAGCUGCUGGAGACGGUGAUGUCGCGUCGGCGCAUGGUGAUUCGCGACCUGUUCUGCAUCAUCGCGCACGGCACGGUCAGCGCCCGGCUGCCGGCCGCCCACCUGCUCUUCCACUACUGGCCGGCGCUCAAUCCGUCGUCUGCCGACCGGCGCGGCCACCUGCUCAAGUUCACAGGCCUGGAUAUCGAGGACAUCGGCUGGGAGCCGCACCAGUGCGAGCGCGACAACUGCCCCUCCAACGAGAACAACGAGGCCAUCCAGCUGUGUCUGGACCACAACGUGGCCGUACUGCAGGGCUCCGAGUACCCGCCGCCGCUCUAUCUCUGCCAGCACUGUUCGCAGGAUAUCCGGGCCGCCAACUCGCAGAUCAGCAUGUUCGAGAUCCUGCUUCCUAUGCAGCACGUGUCCACCACUUGUGAGAACAAGAACUGCCGUUCGAACGAGAAGCUGGCCAUCUGCACAUGCUUCAGCAUCGAGUGCGCCUCCUACAACGGUAACCGGCCGAUCAGGUACUGUGCCCAGUGCGACAGCAUUCGACACAACAACCGGCGUGGCGGCGACCACCUGGUCCAGUACCGCAUCGGCUCGCCGUGGAAAAUGGCGCCCGACGUCUCCCGCUACAUGGUGGAAGCCGUGGUCAGUCUGCUGAAGGAGGCGCAGCCGCUGGCCGACAGUCGGCGGAGUCGCGAGCAGGACCGCCACACCCGCGCCGGCCUCCUGGAUGACGCCAACCAGCCGGAGGGUCCGUCGCUGGAGGAACGCCGCUCGCUCAGCCGCUACGGCGUCUGGCUGCUGGUGAACCUCUGCACACCGGACCGCACGACGCCAGACGCCACGCUGGCCCGCCUGCUGGCAGCCCUCUUCAACUGGUUCGAGGCGACCGCUUACCUCGGAGACGACCAGACGGGCGGCGCGCUGGAGCUGCUGAAGUCCGAGUACAUCCACAGCUGGCUGCAGAACAUCCUGGCCGGCCACUUCAAGACGUUCGCCUCCUGCCUGCUGCCGCGGCCGCCCGAGUACGCCAGGGUCGGCGGACACUGGGACGGCCUGGUGUCGAAGACGCAGCACAUCCAGGAGGGCUUCCACAGGCUGUUCUGCCUGGUGCCGUACGACAUCAUCAGUGCCGACUUGUGGAACCACAUCAUGCCCAACUGGCUGGAGGCCAUCCUGCAGGACGUGCCCGAGGACGAGCUGCCCGAGCUCAAGAUCAUUCUCAGCAAGCUGCUGGACCCGGAUAUGUCUCCGCUCGGCUUCGACGCCGACCAGAUGUACCAGUUUGUGUCGGUGCGGUUCCACUCGAGCGCGCCACGCGUGCAGGAGCAGGCGCUCGCUUGGCUGCAGAUCCUGUCGAUGGUGAACAUCGCCAUCCCGCUACCGAUCCUGCACAAGAUGCUGCGCAGCGGCGUGCGCUGUCUACAUGUGUCGCGUGACGGACCCAGCUGCCGCAAAGUCAGCUCCAUCCGCUCCCAGGUCAACACCGACCUCGGUCCGGUGGUGCAGAGCGAGUCCCGGGCCGCGUCGCCCCUGUCGGGGGAGGACGGCAUGCCCGAGGAGGAGGCGCCGCUGGAUACCGUGGACACGGCCGACUUGGUGGUGCCCUGCUUCGUGCUUAUGCUGGACGUGCUGCUCAAACAGAUGGAGAUCCAGGACAUCCAGCGGAGCCAGGGCGUGCAGAACAGCCUGUCGCAGCAGGCGGUGGUGCUGCUGAAGGCCAUGCUGUCCUCGCCCACCGAGGGCCGCCACACCUGUGACCCGGACGACAUGCCGGUGUUCGAGACGUACCGCGAGAACGGCAAGGACGAGCCGGUGCGCGUGGAUCAGUGCGACGCGUGCGAGGCGCUGCUGGAGCUGUACCAACUGGCCGGCGAGCUGCUCUCUUAUAUCUGCCCCCAAGAGAUGGUCAAGCCGGUCGAGUCACCGCCGCCGGCCCAGCAGGAGGAGCCGCCGCCGCACGUUCAGGAGAAGCCGGCCACGGCGCCCGAGGAGCACGUGGUGCCCGUGGAGGCGCCGCAGAUGGGACAGCAGUCGCAGGUGAUGAUGGCUACGGAGACUGUGACGGAGAUGGAUGUGGCGGCCAGCAUGCCGGCUGAGAAGGUGAUGCGCGCUGUAGCCAAGGCGGUCACCAUCUCCGAGGACGACAUCGCGGUGGCCAAGGUGAAGGUGGUGGCGGCCCGGCUCGUGGGCGAGAACGACCAGCCCGUGCUGGUGCCCACCAUCGAGGAGGGCGACAACUUCUGGACCACUUCGCACGGACGGUUCCGCUUCACCGUCGACGAGCUGCCGCCCGAUCUCCAGCUGCUCUACGGACUGCUCAAUCGAGUCAAGGAGUGCGACGACCAGGACGUGACGUCGCACCUGCUGUCCUGCCUGCGCUUGCUGGUGCUGCACGCCGACUGCCUGCAGCGGGCGGCGCGCGACCACCGCGGCUUCCACAUCUGGUGCCAGGAGAACCUCGUCAUCAAACAACUGUGGGACCUGCUGCAGGCCGAGUACUCUCAGGUCCCGGAGAUCGCCGUGCCCGUGCUGCUACAUGCCAUCACUCUGCCGUGCGGCGCCGACGUCUUCUGGCAGAUCGUCGGCAACGAGUUCCACAGCGACGACUGGAAGGUCCGCUUCACCGCAGUGGAGCGCGCCACCGUGCUGGCGCGCUUCCUGGAGCCGCCCAUGGUGCGCCAGUGCGGCGCCAGCAUCCAGGCGCCGCUGGCGCACGUCUUCUCGUACCUGAUCCACGCCGUGGACGACCUGUCGGCCGCCGUGGCGCAGAAGGUCCAGCUCUACAUGGAGACGAUCCCGGACGGCGGCAUACGGACCAUCUGCAUGUGUCUGGAGACGCAGUUUGACACGGUGAUCGUGGACCGUCCGUUGGUGCUGAAGACGGUGCUGCAGCUGUUCCACCUGCUGCCGGCGCGCGGCAUCCUCUCCUGGGAGUUCUUCAACAGCCGCCUGGACUCGCUGGUGAUGGAGACGCAGAUCCGCCUGGAGCGGCGGGGUGAUAUACCGCUGAUGAAGGACCUGAAGUCGGACGGCGGCGCGAGCGAGGCGUACCUACGCCGUCUGACGCGCGCGCACGAGGCGCUCACCUCGGCCGCGGCCGGCUCUGGUCACCGGCGCACGCUCAACUCCAGCAUUGGCACCAAGUGGCCCUACAAGCGCACCAUGUCGGCGCCAGCCGUCGUGCCGCGGCCAGACAAGAACGACAUGCAGAAACACAGCUAUCCGCGGCAGGCCUCGGCUCCGAUCUUGAAGCGGAAGGCGUCUCGGUUCGGCAUCUCGCAGGUCAACCACGUGCCGGAGAAUAGUAAGACGUCGGCGGCGGCGGCGCCCGGCUCGGACGCCUGUCUGUCGCUUGUCUACCGCAGUCUGGACAGCGACGAGGGGGACCGCGAGACCACCCACCUGCUGGUCGACCUGCUGAUGAAGUUCAUGGCCCGGCCAGACCAGGCGCCACCUGGCGACGACAAGCAGCAGUGCCGCAGCCAGCAACUGGUGCUGCGUCAUUUGUCCAUGAUGCUCGGCUUUAAUCAGACCGACAAGACGUUCUUCAUGUCGCCCGCCCGGCUCAGGUCGAAGGCGGCCUUCAACGCGUUCCUGUCGCACCUGAACCUGGUGCUGGACCACAACUUCCCGCUGGGCAGCGCGCUGCUGCCGCUGUGCCUGCCGGUGCUGCUGUACAGCGCGGCGCCGUCCCGCCAGAGCGCCGAGACGUCCGGCCGGCCGGCCUACAGUCUCUGGCACCUGGAGGAGCGCCAGCGCCAUGACUGGCUCUCCGCCCUGCUCACCGUCCUCUACAAGAACGUGAGCUGCGCUCCGUUGCAGUACCAGUACGGCGACCCGACCCUAAGCGGGCCGCUGCUGGCGCUCUGCCAAGUGGUGCUCAACACACUGCAUCUGUGCCGACCGCUGGGGUCGUUGGUGGACCUGGAGGAGGUGUCGCCCAUGCAGUCGGUGCAGCCGGUCCGUGUCGGCUCCUUCUCCGGUCUCGGUGUGGUCGAGCUGGCCACAGUGGUGCCGGAGCUGGUCACCAUGGUGGACCCUGCGCAGGUGGUCUGCCAGCUGGUGGAGCAGGUGCCAGCCGCCGACUGCAAGUACGGUACCGCGGCGGCGCCAGCUGAAGAGAGUGUGGCGCUGGCCCGCUGCCAGCCGGCGGUCGCCGCGGUCGGUCCAACCGUACACGAGCAGCCGAUCGUGUCUGCGCUCUCGCACGUCACCAGCAUCGGCAGCGUGCCCUUCUUGCCCGGCGCGUCGCCCUUCGAGCACAGUCUCUCCCUGGAGGCGCAGCCGUCGCCAGCCGAGUCCUGGCAGCAGCCGCGCGCCCAGAGUCUGGCCAUCGCGCGCAGCGAGCCGGCGCCGGCCAACGGGGCGGCCAACGGCACCGAGCGCUCGCUGCUCGAGCGGCUCUCGCUGGUCUUCUCCAAACAGGACAGCCACGGCCCUGGCGCUGCCGGACGCCUCGUCUCGUCGCUCCAGCUGCAGCUGGGCGCCGGACAGGCCGCCCCGGACGGCAAGAGUCGCGAGCCAGACACGCUGGCCAACCAGAGCAGCGCCAGCACCGAGGAUGACGCCGGCACACCCGGCGACGAGCCGGCCGUCCAUCGUGCCUACAUCAAGCAGCCCAAGUCGAAGAAGCUGGGCCUGAGCCCCGUGGAGCAGGCGGCCGCCGAGAGUCGCACGGCCAGCCGGUGGUCCCGCCGGGACAAGCCGGCCGAGGAGAAGCCCGCGCCCAAUGUCAAGCAGUGCAGCCUCCGCGUCGGUAACGACUGUGUGCAGGAGAGGUGUCCGCAGUGUGGCCAGGUACGCGAGGACUACACGGAGGAGGAGCUCGGCCUCUGCGUGGUCGUGCUGGCCACGUUCGUGCACCGUGAGCCCUCGCUGGCCGCCUGCAUGCUGCCAGACAUGCUGCGUGCCGUCUCCACCCUGGCCGGCCGCCAGCGGUACCCGUGGCAGUCCGAGUCCAGCUACAGCCUGCCCGGCUCCGUCAACAGCGUGUGCCGACAGUUUCUUCGCUGCGUGCUGCACCGUCUGGCCGCACACAACAUGUUCUUCAAGCUCUUCCAGGUGGACAUGGACGUGGAAACGACGCACGCGUUUUACCGGACUUUGGCGCAGGCGCUGGCGGACUUCGCCGAGCUGAACACGGCCGCUCCUCUACACCAUCUGCUGGAGUACUUGAACCGUCAACGGACGGCGCCGUGCCUGGACGAGAUGCCGACGAUCCUGUACAACAUGUCCGUGUACCUGGAGUCGGUGCCGCUGGAGACGGCCGGCCAGCUGUACGGGCCGCUGGUGCCGCAGCUGGACGUGCUGUUCCGCCGCCUGCUGCCCUGCCUGGCUGCCCUGCCGGAGCUCGACUCUUUGCUCGCCAUCAUGUGCUCCCUCCUCAAGAUACCCACCGUUAACAUGUACAAGACGGUGCUGGAGCCGUUCUCCAAGGUGGUCAGUCUGCUGGUGCAGAGUCGGCCCAUCGACUACCGCCGGCUGGUGGAGCUCUGCCACCUCUGUAACCGCGUCUUCAGUCGGGAGCGUGAGAAGCAGCAGCUGUCGCGUGUGGUAGUGUUUGAGCUGGUGCAGGCGCUCAAGUUCAAGUCAAACCCGCCCGAUACCAACCUGCUGCUGCUGGUCCACUUUGUCGUGCAGGACGCCGGCGGCGCGAUGGCGCCCAGCACGGUGCUGGACCAGGUGCCGGACCUCGGGACGGACACGGCCGGCAGCACGGCCGCCUCCGAGUGCAUGCGGCAGCACCUCAACGACACGCUCGACUUCCUGGCUGACGUGCACACGCUCACCAAGAUCAAGAGUAAUUGCGGUGGUCCACUGCGCGGCCUCAACGAGGACACGAUGGGCGGCGUGCUAAAGGCCGGCAUCGCGCAGUUUGUGGCGCUGGAGAUCAGCCGCGGCAACAGCAGGGAGAGCCGCGCCAUAGGCCGCUACCUGCCCUGGCUGUACAACCCGCCCUCUCCCGUCCAGCAGGGACCGAAGGAGUUUAUCGACUGCGUGUCUCACAUCCGGCUGCUCUCGUGGCUGCUGCUGGGCGCCAUGACACACGCCGCCGUCAUGGGCCCGCACGCCACCGUGACGUGCCAGCCGGUGCCACUGGAGGCCAGCUGCCACAUCGCCGACCACAUCCAGGUGAUCCUGGCGGGCUUCGCCGAGCAGAGCAAGGCGUCUGUGCUGCACAUGAGCUCGCUGUUCCACGCGUUCAUCCUGUGUCAGCUGUGGACCAUGUACCUGGAGGUGGUGUCGGCUGGCCAGGCGCCGCCCGGGCACGAGCAGCACCAAGCGGCGCUCGCCAUCCUGGCCGACUUCUGGGCCAAGGUCACGCCCGGCAUCCUCCAGCUGGUCUCGCACUCACGCGUGCUGGGCGAGAUGGUGAACCUCCACUUUUUGAGCUUGAUGGAGGCGCUGGCCGAGUGUAACGCCUCCACGCUGGCCCGCCUGCUGCCGGUCUGGACGCAGGUGUUCUACGCGUACAACCAACAGCUGCCGGGCCACCUGAGCGUGCGGCUCCAGAACUGCCAGUCGCAGCCGGCCGGUCAGGGCUGUCACCCACAGGGCUGCCAGUCGCACCCGACCGGCGCCGGCGGGUCCCAGCCGGCCGGACACAGCUGCCAACAGCUGCUGCUCAGCUGGAUCCAGCGGCUGCAGUUCAAGAUGGGGCAGAUCGAGUUGCAGAGCUCGGCGGCCGCGCAGUUCUACACUGUCUGAGGCAGCUCGGUCCAACACGGUGUGAGGCCACACGGAUUGGCACUGUGUGCGGUCGCGCAGAUCUACUCGGUUUGACUACGCCCGGUACUCCGUAUUGAGAUCGUGCAGUUGUACUUGGUCUGAAGGUCAGGUCUCAGGCGGUCUCAGCCGGUUGGGGGGGUCGCAGAGUCCGCCGCACCAGACGCACGGGAUGGUGGCGUCGAGCGUCAUCCGUCGAUGUGAUGUCCCUGCCUGUGGCACCCCCGUGUGAGCGGCGAGCACCACCCGUCGAUGUGAUGUCCCCGCCAACAUCCCCCUUGUGAGCGGCGAGCACCACCCGUCGAUGUGAUGUCCCCGCCAACAUCCCCCGUGGGAGUGGCGAGCACCACCCGUCGAUGUGAUGUCCCUGCCAACAUCCCCCGUGUGAGCGGCGAGCACCUUCCGUUGAUGUGAUGUCCCCGCCAACAUCCCCCGUGUGAGCGGCGAGCACCACCCGUCGAUGUGAUGUCCCCGCCAACAUCCCCCGUGUGAGUGGCGAGCACCACCCGUCGAUGUGAUAUCCCUGCCAACAUCCCCCGUGUGAGCGGCGAGCACCUUCCGUUGAUGUGAUGUCCCCUCCAGCAUCUCCCGUGUAACCGGCGGGCGUCAACCGUCGAUGUGAUGUCCCCGCCUGUGGCACCUCCGUGUGAGCGGCGAGCACCUCCCGUCGAUGUGAUGUCCCCACCAGCAUCCCCCGUGUGAGCGGCGAGCGCUACCCCUCGAUAUGAUGUCCC